UUAUCCUAUCCUAGGUAUUCCUGAAAGAGGUGGGGUUUCAGGUGUCUCCGGAAGGUGGUGAUUGACUCCGCUGUCCUGGCGUCGUGAGGGAGUUUGUUCCACCAUUGGGGGGCCAGAGCAGCGAACAGUUUUGACUGAGCUGCGCGGGAACUGUACUUCCUCAGUGGUAGGGAGGCGAGCAGGCCAGAGGUGGAUGAACGCAGUGCCCUUGUUUAUUUAUUUAUUUUGCUCCUUUGCACCCCAUUAUUUUUAUUUCUACUUUGCACAUUCUUCCAUUGCAAAACUAUCAUUCCACUUGCUAUAUUGUAUUUACUUUGCCACCAUGGCCUUUUUUGCCUUUACCUCCCUUAUCUCACCUCAUUUGCUCACAUUGUAUAUAGACUUGUUUAUACUGUAUUAUUGACUGUCUGUUUGUUUUACUCCAUGUGUAACUCUGUGUCGUUGUAUCUGUCGAACUGCUUUGCUUUAUCUUGGCCAGGUCGCAAUUGUAAAUGAUAACUUGUUCUCAACUUGCCUACCUGGUUAAAUAAAGGGUUAUAUAUAUAUAUAUAAAUACCUGGUUAAAUAAAGGGUUAUAUAUAUAUAUAAAUACCUGGUUAAAUAAAGGUGAAAUAAAAUUUAAAAAUAAAUAAAUAAAUUUGUUCUCAGCGUUCUGAAGCGCUGAACAUCAUCCAAUCGACAUUUAGCUUGACGUCAAAAAAAAAUAAAAAAAUAUCACAAAUCAGCAUUUUCAAUAUGACUAAUCAUUUUCAGUGUUUUACUCUGGGUGUUUUUUCUCUUUAUAUUCACUUGCAUAGUUUCCGUUGAUAAAUGGAAUAAUGAACCUGAAUUGGUGGUUUGGUCUUACUGGUAUUGAAGCACGCUUCUAUGGUGUCGAUCAAAUCAGCACAAUCUCAAAACUGUUUCCGAAAGACUUGGUCAUAUAAAAGAAAGACUUGAAGAUUAUAUUUUUUGGAGGUGUAUUUCUUCUCGUCAUCAUGAGUCUCAGCCUGUUGACAUUUCUCUGUCUCGGUCUUUGCCUCCCAGUGUGGAAUGCCCUGAGGGUCACCCAGCCGUACCGUGUGGUGAGUCAUCGUGGUGAGGUGGAGCUGUUUUGCUCCUACCACCACACAGGGAGACAUGAACCGGAGGAGCUAUGGAUCACUCUGUACCGGGGGAUGUACGGGGAGCAGGAAGAACAGAAGGUGUGCACCUCCUCCUUCACCCACAACAGCACAGCCUUCCAGGUGGAGGGAGUGGGGGAGGUGCGUUGUCGGGGCCAGUUAAGGCCAGGCAAGGUGAGCCUGACUAUCUCUGGUCUCAGGGGUAAUGACACUGACCUGUACCGCUGUGCCGUAGAAGUCCUGUACCCUCCGCCAUACCUGAGGACGUUUGGGAAUGGUACCCUACUCUAUAUAACAGAGGAACCAGGGUGCUUUACCCCACCAGAGGCCCAGAGAAGAGAUGAUGUAACAGGAGAAACAUCCGUCAGACUACCCUUAGCAGGACUGGCCGUAGUAUUGAUAGUAAUCUCUGCCAUUGCUAUCCUCCUCGUUCAUCAGAGGAAGAGAAGAUUUGAAGCAAUUGUACCAAUGAUGUCACAGAAGGAUGGAAGAUUUGAUUAUGGGAACUUCCAAUGAAGAAUAAAAAAUAAAAAAUACAUUCUAUAUGUUUCAUUGUGUUGUAAUAUAAAGAAAUAGUGAAAUCAAGUCUA